CCCGCACACAGCCGCCCUUCCAUCCACGCGUCAGGCUGGCGCUCCCUCCGAACCCUUCCACAGCUGUGACCUUACGCUCCUGCCAGCCUGCGCUACGCUUCUUUUACCCUCCAUCGCCACGCCCGCUUCCAUGAGGCUCGAAUCUCAGACCCUCUCCACUGGCCCUCACUUUGGCAAAUCCAAAAUGGAGGACCGCAAGCGCCCGGCAAUGGCUGACAGCAGCGACACCGCUCCACCGCCCAAGAGACAGGCCACAGUCUCCAACGGCACCCGCCUGGCCGACCUGGACCCGCUUCAAGAUCGCGAUCGAGUCAUGGAGGAAUACACUAAAGACGCCCUCAUCAGACAGAAGAACGAGUACAAGCGGAGGAAGGCUGACCUCGAGGAACGCGUGGCCGAUCUGGAGGACCGAUCCAAGUACCACGACGACCACUUGCGCAUAAUUGAUCUCUGGUUCACUCAGCUCGUCGACGAGGUUGCCGUGCUCGCGAACGACAGGCUUCCGACGCAGGGUGAUGGAAGUGCACCCUUUCCCAACUCCCUUCUCUUUUCGGACUCGGAAACUUUUCAUGAACACCUUUCCUCUCGCACCAGCAAGAUCAAGUCAGCGUUAUCGGACCUCUUCGCCAGAAUACCCACUGCUUCACCAGACGUCCAGGAGCUCCAGAGCCAACUAUCCAAGGUCCUUGCUUUAGAAAAAGAGCAUGCCGCCGAACUGCAGAAGACGAUUGCGGAGAGGGAACAGUACGAGAAUCGCUUGCAAAAUGCGACGGAACGUUAUGUGCUCGCCGAGCGAAAGUACGACCGCGAGCGGAGCAAAGCAGUACAAAUGGUAGGGCUGGGAGCUGUUCCGAUGUCGACCACGGUCAGAGAGGAAUCUUCAAAGGACAAAGCUGACAGUCCUCCGGCUACCAAUGGCUCUGUGGAUCAUUCAGAGAUUGAAACUGCACGCAAGGAGGCUAAGGCGAUUGCUGAAAAGCGCAAAGCACAAUGCGAGCAUUUGGCGGCCGAGAACAAGAAGUUGACGGAGGAACUAACAACCUUGAACACUAAGCUCACGGGCUUGACGGAUGAAGAUUACGCCAAGUCAGAUCUGUUUAAGACUCUCAAAGCUCAACACGAGGACGUCAUCAAGCGCAUUAACCACCUCGAGGCAACUAAUGUGCAGCUCCGGGAAGAAGCACAAAGGCUGCAUGCAGAACGCACCGCGUAUCGUGCUAAGAUUGAUGCCGAAGUUGUGGAGCGAGUAAGCGAAAGUGAAAGCCAGAUCACUAAGUACGAGGGCGAUUUGGUGCGUAUCCGUCACGCCAGGGACGAGCUGUCUUCGGAGCUGGCGAUGAAGAAAGCAGCCCAGGGCGAGACCAUGGCCUCUUCGGAACAAAUCAAGGAAUUGGCAAGUGCAAGGGAGAGCCGAAUCACGGCUCUAGAAACCGAAGUCGAACGUUUGCGCUUGCAACUUGGCGAAACAAAGGCAGGCCAGUCGAGUCCAGACUUGGAGAGCCUGUCACCCGAAGAACUUCGGAGCAAGAUCACGUCGCUCGAAAAGGAAUAUGCUCUGCUCAGCAACGAACUACCAUCCAUGGAAGCGGCUUGGAAGAAAGCACAAGCAUUAGCAGCGAAGAAGAUUUCCGAGUUGCAAAACUGGGAAGAGCAGGUAGCACGUAUCAGCGCAGAGAAGGCCAAAGCAGACCAAAAGUACUUUGCCGCUAUGAAAUCCAAGGACGCCAGAGAGGCCGAGACGCGCGCUCUGCGAGCACAAAACGCUCGAAGCUCGGAAAUCAUCACACAACUGAAGGCCUUGGAAAGCGCUAAUCAUGCCAUGAAAGUUAACCUGGAGAAGCAGUUGGCAGAGAGCGGAGAAUCCAUUGCCAAGCUCUCGGAGCAGUACCGCGCUUUGCAACAAAAGGCUGGGGAGAAGUCGAAUACCUCGGAAAGCCUACAGUCCCAGAUCACGGAGCUGAAGAACACGCUCAGUUCCAAGGACAGCACGGUGCUGGCCUCGAAGCAUUCGCAACGCGAACUUGAGGUUGAGGUAGAGAAGCUGAAGAUCCGCCUGAACGAGUCCGAACGGCAGCGCAACAACUGGAAGGACAAGGACAAGAGGGACGACAUGAACGAGAUGUGGCGGAACUACGCCCUCUGCCCUGUCUGCCACCAGAACCUCAAGGACGCGUGUAUCAAGACAUGCGCGCACGUCAUGUGCAUGCAUUGCAUCGAGCUACAAGUCAAGAACCGGUCGCGCAAGUGUCCGGUCGACGGGAAGGCCUUUUCGCAAGGUGACGUCAUGAAGCUCAACAUGUGAGCGUCUGUGUGCUAUAUUCUCCUCGAUUCCACCCUUUCGAUUUGUUGGUCAUGCCGGAACGGUUUAGGCCUUGACGAUGUCGUGUUUCCGAGAUACCGAGUCGCUUUUCUUGAAGCUUCUGCUUCCCCAGCAUUUCAUUGCGCGGAAGCCCUUGGCGCUUUUCGGCUUGAGACAUGCGAGGGGAGACGAAGGGCAUUUUUCUCGUCUCCUCACGUACCCUUUUUGAUCUGUGCGUCAUGGUGGAACCUUUUCGGCGCAGUGUUUGCCCCCCUUUGGCGAUUUCUCGCGGCAUGUGUUGCUGUUGGCUCUUGCAGGGGAUGAGGGAUUGAUGGGAAUGACGAGCGGGUUAGGUAUUAGCUGGUUUAUGCUUCUCAGGGACAGCAUGACCAUAGACGUGGAACGAAUGAAAUCAAGGUCUUUACGAUGCUC